ACGGGGCCGUGGUAACGAAUAGCGAUGACGUUACAUCAUGAACUGUGCUGUGUUGUCACCAGCUGUUGUCUGGAAGACGAAGGAAAAAGUGCUCGCGUCUCGGUCGAUCGUGAGACCCGCGAGCGCACCGGAGCACGGAGCAGCACGCUUUUGGAGGUGAAGGAUGGUACCGGAUGACUGAUCGAAAGACCCGGACCUGCAGCCAGCUCCACAGUGAUAGUAUCAAUUACAUAAAUGAAGACAAAAACUGUGAUAACGGACAAGUACCCACACAGGUCGGAGUUGAAGCCAUUUUUCUCUGCAGAGACGGGUAGGAGCACCAGCCUGGCACAAAGUUCAAACAGGAGGUUCAAAGAGUCGAUACAGUGCUUUUGAAGUGGCACCAACGCCAUCAUGAAUGUGGGCACGGCGCACAGCGAGGUGAACCCGAACACUCGUGUGAUGAACAGCAGGGGGAUGUGGCUGUCUUACAUCCUGGGCAUCGGCCUCCUGCACGUCAUCCUGCUCAGCAUUCCCUUUGCCAGCGUACCUGUGGUCUGGACCCUCACCAACCUCAUACACAAUCUGUGUAUGUACCUCCUACUUCACACGGUAAAAGGGACGCCGUUUGAGACCCCGGACCAGGGCAAAGCUCGCCUCCUUACACACUGGGAGCAGAUGGACUACGGCGUGCAGUUUACUGCUUCGCGCAAGUUCCUCACCAUCACACCCAUUGUCUUGUAUAUACUCACCAGCUUCUACACCAAAUACGACCGGGUCCAUUUUGUGGUCAACACGGUGUCUUUGCUCACUGUGCUCAUUCCUAAGCUGCCUCAGCUGCACGGUGUGAGGAUCUUCGGCAUUAAUAAGUACUGACAACGCUGAAGAGGACACCGCCUCCUUCCUUCAGUCCCCAUGGACUUGCUGAGAGCACACAGGGUAUCGGGCCUCUGAUUUUGGCUGCAGAUUGACGAGGAUCGGUGGCUCUCGACUCUGCUGAGCGCUGCUCUAAAUGAAGCCUACAGGGGAUACCGCCAUGGUACCAGACCCCAAGAAAGUGAGACAAUACACUUUUACAGAGAGGACAAAGGGAAAGUGGACUGCAGUGGUUCUUGGUGGCCUAUUUCCUUUGACUUAAAGGUUUUUCUAGAGACACUUUAAAAGCAUUCUUAAGGGAGCAUUAUGUUUGUUUUAUAUCCGUCAGGUGUCGAGAGGAGAGGGUGGUGUAGCUGCACAACAACACAGGCACUCUGAGGCUGUAGACAAAGUUAUUCUGUAUGUAAUGAUACAGUACUGUAUUUAUUUAGCUUUUAGCUUCUUUUACUCUGGUCUUUUUGAGCUUCAGAGGAGAGAGGAACAGACUUUGAUAAAACGGUGAGGGACUUGUGAAGUGCUGCAGAGGCGCGAGACGAGAAACCACAAAAGUUUUAUUUUCUGCCCUUCUGCUCUGGGCAAAGGCGGGGAAGUUAAGCAACCCUUUCUUUUUUUAUCUGACCGUUUCCAUAUUUGGACUCCUCUUGCCCUGCUCUGUGUGGCAGUUAGCCUCCCGUCUGCAGAAUCGUCUGGCCUGAGUACAGAAAGAAUUCACUCCUCUGAUCCAACACAAAAUAGUGAGAAAUCUUUCAAUUUGUCGCUUAGAGACUUGUCCUUAAUAAUUUCACAGUUUUCUGUAAAGACACAUGUUGCUCCUCUGUAGGAAAAGCUAUUUAGCCAUUCUAUAAGUCUGAGCUUUAUCUGUGUCUCAGUUCAGGAUCUGGAGGCAAACAACAUAUUCUGAGUAACCCUCUGAGAAGGGUCUGCCUCUCAAACUAAAACAAUCAAAUACAGAAGUCUGGUAGAUCCUGAGAAGUGUUUUUAAUGUUAAGUUCUUUCACAUUUACAGAUGAUAGGAACACGUACUGUAUUAACAACUAAAAAAAACUUCAAAUAUCACAGACGGAUCCCCCUCGAAGAUGACACCAAUUAUCUUUAAAUGCAGGAUUGGAAUUAAACCAGAGCUAUAUUAAGAUGUAGAUACAUUGACUUAAAUUCCUUGCUUACAUUUUCUCAAGACACUGAGUAAAGUAGAACUCAUGUUGUUGAGGUUUUUACAUACCCGGUGAAGUAAAGUCCAAUAUUCUCUCUGUUUUAGAGCCAUGUUUGUCUUCACCAGCUUCUGGCUAAAACAUUUAGCAAAGAGUUUCCAACCUGAAGAAGCUGAGAGCCAUCGAGCUAUCGGCCGCUGCUUUCUGAGCUGGUUGAGCGCUGUAGGUUUUAGUUGUUUGCUUAAAAAGAGUAUGAAGAGAGCGAGUUUACAAAAUAAAAAACAUAAAACAACGAGGUGAAAGACACUAAAAAGCGUCUUAAAGCUGAGAGGAAGUACAAAGUUAGAUGUUUUUUAAGUUUGUUUCUUAGGGAUCCCGCUUAGUCUUUUGUUUGUGUCAAUUAAAAGCAAAAUGAGGACGACUAUGCAUAGAAGAUAAUGUUGAAGAAUCUCAUUCUGAUAUAAUCUCUCAUUUUCAUCACACAGGAAACAACACUCAUUGUGUCUUACCUAAUGACACCCGGCCUUCUGCUUUUUUAUUUUGCCUGUUUGAUACAUUUCUGAACUUCAUUCUUUGCACAAUGGGUGUGUGGCCCCAAGCAGAUAGUCAGGGGGCAGGGCUUCAUGAAAAGGUAGCAUUCAGGUGCAUCAGAGGAAGUGAGCAGGAUGACUUUUAUCUGCGUUCACAAACUGCAAAACAGCUAAUCCUUCUCACUCUGGUUUUUAAGAAUCGCUGACUUGUGUCCAACUUAUCUCUGGUCAUCUGCCAAGAUAGAAACCAGUGGAAAGAAAGAUGUGUUCACCAAAAAUUUAAAGCCACAGUUUAAAAAAGACAUACAAAAGUCUGAUCCAAAUCCUUCAAAACAGUUGAAGGAUCCCUCUCAAUGCUGUCAGGAUAUUUUUUAUGGUGCAAAGAAAGAUAGAGUGCUAAAUGAAUUCUGAGGGAUGUUACAGAGCUGCUUUGUUUUUUGAUUAGGACUGACUAAAAGUGAACAUGUUAAUGUUCUUUUAGAGAACGAUUAGAGUACAUUUCUGCUUGUUUACUGCAGCUGUUUAAUCUCUUUCACUUGGCAGAGGAAGGUCACCAUGGUCACUGAUUCACUGUGGCCAGUAGUUUGUAAAAGUAAAAGUACAUAUGCUAUGAUCAGAUCGAGUGUGUUAGGAAUGUAGUUUGGGAGCUUUCUUCUCGAUUUCAUUCAGCUUUGCUUUGUGGGAAAUCAUUUUGAUGGUUGUAAAAUAAAUGCGUUAUAUCUCCUACAAGAGCAACUAUUGCGGAAAAACUCCAAUUUCCAAAAAGUGAUUUUAAAAUAUAUUUCAAUGGACGCCUUGGCACAGGCAGAAUCUAACCCCAUCUUGGAUUCUGCCUGUGUGAAGGCGUCCAUUGAAAUAUAUUUUUGGAUGUCGAAGGUCCUUCUAUGAGAGCAUUGACCUCCACCGGUGUAGGGGCUGAAACGCAAGAGUUUCCUUCUAGUUCACAGAAAAAGUAAUAUAUGAUAACUAAAUGGUAAAUGGACUUGAGCUUGUAUGGUGCUUUCUAGUCUUCUAACUACUCAGAGCGCUUUUUACACCGCAGGUCAUACUUAACCAUUAACACGCUGAUGUGUAAAGUGUCCAUCAGAAGUAACGUAUCCAUUCAUACACCGCUGAUGCAGCAGUGGGAGCAACUUGGGGUUAAGUGUCUUGCCCAAGGACACAUCGGAUAUGUUGCUGCAGGAGUUGGGGAUCGAACCCCCUGACCGCCCAGUUGAGAGAGGACCGGCUCUUCCACUGAGCCGCAGUACCAAACAAUGUUCACGUUUAGAUUAUUUUUUAAACAGUGUGGUCAUAGUGAGAGCUACAGAUUAAAAAUCCUCUCCAGAGUGGACCAAAUAUAUAAUCAAAAUCCAACUUACUUUUUAAAAUAUGUUUAAAGAUGAUAGCUUGAACAAGAUGAGCACAUGUCAGUCUCAGAGGUAGUGAUGAUAGCCAGUAGCUGAAGAAGUAGCAAAAUGACAGACUGUGGUAGCACGAGUUGUUGUAGAGAGAGAAACAGUUUAAUCCGUGUUGGAAAUGAUAGACAAAGGAAAAGACAAUGAUUAAUCUCCCUCGUUGUUUUAUUGAGCAGAUUGAUGUGGUCGUCAAGCCAAAGAACCAUUGCUUUGUAAACACAACUGUCCUGACUUCAGUGUGAUGUUUCUGACAUGUUGUCACCAUAAAGGGCUUACUUCAAAGACAUGCUGUGAUCAUUCAUUCAAAGCACAAAAGUGAUUUUUUUUUUCCUCCAACAUUGCAACAGUUUGUAUUGAGUGUUGACUAAAUGUGAAACUGUGUGCUCUCAGCUUCUGUUUGUUGAUGAGCGUCAGUGGAGUUUGAAGGAAAUGUCAUUGUGAUUGUACGAGUGCUCGAUCCAAAUUACAGUAUUUUUAGAAAAUGA